AAAAAAUUACCUGAUAAACGGGCGGGCUUCUCUUUGCCGAAGCUCCCUGUAGUGCAUUACAGUACUUUACCUUACUGGACUGACUGCCCUGUGCUUUUUAGACGGGUGAGCUUUGUUGCGGCAACGCCUCAACCUCAACCUCGUCGACUUUUUCUACCUCAUCCUCCCCCUUCCUCUCCACAAUCCGUCUGUCCUCCAUUGUCUUUCCCACACAACCCACAUCAUGCUUUCCAGUCGUUUAAUAUCACGAGCUGUUGCUCGCCCGGCUUUCCAGAAGUCUACGCUCCCCAGCGUUGUCGCUUCCUCUUCGCUGUCGCGAUUCAGCCGUGGAUAUGCCUCUUCAGCUGGUAUGUUACCUCCGAGCUCGUCGGAACACCACCCCGAACAACCCGCUAACCGGAAUUUCUUGCAGAAGAGAAGGAUCUCGUUGUUAUCGGUGGCGGCGUUGCUGGCUACGUCGCUGCUAUCAAGGCUGGACAGGAGGGCAUGAAGGUUACCUGCAUUGAGAAGCGUGGCUCCCUCGGCGGUACCUGCUUGAACGUCGGCUGCAUUCCCUCAAAAUCUCUCCUCAACAACUCGCAUCUCUACCACCAGAUCCUCCACGACACCAAGGCCCGCGGUAUCGAGGUCGGUGAGGUCAAGCUUAACCUGGCCAACUUCAUGAAGGCCAAGGAGACCUCCGUCAGCGGUCUCACCAAGGGUAUCGAGUACCUCUUCAAGAAGAACGGCGUUGAGUACAUCAAGGGUGCUGGUUCUUUCGUCAACGAGCACGAGAUCAAGGUCGACCUCAACGAGGGCGGUGAGACCAGCGUUCGCGGCAAGAACAUCCUUAUUGCUACUGGUUCCGAGGCCACUCCUUUCCCCGGUCUUGAGAUCGACGAGAAGCGCGUCAUCACCAGCACUGGUGCUAUCGCCCUUGAGCAGGUCCCUGAGACCAUGACCGUCAUUGGUGGUGGUAUCAUUGGUCUUGAGAUGGCCUCCGUCUGGUCGCGACUUGGCUCCAAGGUCACCAUUGUCGAGUUCCUCGGCCAGAUUGGUGGCCCAGGUAUGGACACUGAGAUCGCCAAGAACACCCAGAAGAUCCUCAAGAAGCAAGGUCUUGAGUUCAAGCUCAACACCAAGGUUGUCAGCGGUGACAAGUCUGGCGACAAGGUCAAGCUCGAGGUUGACUCCGCCAAGGGUGGCAAGCCCGAAUCUAUCGAGUCCGACGUCGUCCUCGUUGCCAUUGGUCGACGACCCUACACCGGCGGCCUCGGCCUUGAGAACAUUGGCCUCGAGGCUGACGACCGCGGCCGUGUCAUCAUCGACUCCGAGUACCGAACCAAGAUCCCCCACAUCCGAUGUGUUGGUGAUGUCACCUUCGGCCCCAUGCUUGCCCACAAGGCUGAGGAGGAGGCUGUUGCCGUUGUCGAGUACAUCAAGAAGGGUUACGGCCAUGUCAACUAUGGUGCCAUUCCCUCCGUUAUGUACACUCACCCCGAGGUCGCCUGGGUCGGCCAGAGCGAGCAGGACCUGAAGAACCAGAACAUCCCUUACCGAGUCGGAACCUUCCCCUUCGUUGCCAACUCCCGAGCCAAGACCAACCAGGACACUGAGGGUAUGGUCAAGAUGCUCGCUGACCCCGAGACUGACCGCAUUCUCGGUGUUCACAUCAUCGGCCCCAACGCUGGUGAGAUGAUCGCUGAGGGUACUCUGGCUCUCGAGUACGGUGCUUCCAGCGAGGAUAUCGCCCGAACCUGCCACGCACAUCCCACACUUGCCGAGGCCUUCAAGGAGGCUGCCAUGGCCACCCACGCCAAGGCCAUCCAUUUCUAAGCAAUGCUUGAGCGGUCGAAACUGGUUGGAUAAGUUGCUGGGUGCCAAUGGCUACAGAUGGGUCAAAUUGGUACCAGCAGGUCUCUUCUGUGCUCUUUGCGGCGAGAAUGGACACUCUUGAAUGCAUAGACUUGAUAGCGCGUCUGUAGUCGCCGAGAACAUAACAAAAAAGAUGACACAGGGUCAAGAGGAGGCCUCGCAAGGAUAGUGCGAACGGGAUAGAGCCCGGGGCAUCUCGGACUCUGGGUUGUGUAAACUAGUAAUAAUUCUUUCUGUUCAAGCAUGAUGUAUGGAAAUCACACGGCAAGAUGCGUUGCUUGCGUUCCAAGAUUAUUAGUUGAGUUCGCAAUGCGUGAAAGAAGAAUACAAAUUAUAUGAUCAAUAACUCAAAGUCUAUCUUUCGAAUUGACUGGCUAAGCCUUUAACUCUUUUACAAAA